AUGCCCCUGUUACUAGAUGGACAAGGUUUGGUGUGGUUUAGAUACAAUAAGAAAGACUGGAAUCACUGGGAAGCGUUCAAGAGAGAUUUUCUGAAAUUUUUUCUACCACAUCAAUAUUUCGAGCGAUUGGAGGACGAACUGAGAAAUCGAUUGCAGAAACCAGGAGAGACGUUUAAAAUGUAUCUUUUGGAACUACAAAAACUAAUGCGACACGCAGGUUUAAAUCAAGAGUCGCAAUUAGAACGAGUAUAUCGCAACAUGAGCACAGAGUACCAAAUAUACAUCAAACGUCGGAAUUUCACUUGUCUGAAGGAAUUAAUAGCACUAACUGAGGACUUCGAAGAAUUACGCGAAGAGCAAAAUGAAGUAAGUCGAGCACGAGAUAGCGAGGUAAUCUUCGGGCGCGUAGCAGUGGAAUGUGCACGACCGCUGAUAAUACAGAAGACCAUGAGACGCAUAGCCAAUACACCGAAAUGUGAUAAAGUCAUUCAUAGUCCAGUCUCCAAGUCACCUUUCCGCAACCAGCAGCAACACCAGCCAAUCACCAAGCAAACACCUACAGGAACAUCUAAAAUUAUAACUUCAACUACUCCAGCAAGUAUACCAACACAAAGCAUGCGACAUCGAAAUGACGCGGAACAACAUCAUGUAUCACCGCAAGAUCGAAGACUAAUCCCAGAAAAUCCAAAAAUAAGUAAACAACAGCAAGUUCCACAAGAGCAAGAAUCAUUACCAGUCCAAUUGAAACAAAUGCAACAAGUGCAAGAUCCGAGUUCUAUCAGGCUGCAAAUACUAGAAGUACAACCGGAACAAAGUCCUAAAGUCAAAGAAAUGUCAGCAGAGUAUUGUCAACCACGAGUCAUACAAAAACAGGAAAUAUUACAAGUUGAAAUGAAGCAAGCAGCACAGCACCAAGAUCUAAAACAUAUAAAAAAGCAAAUACCAGAAAUACCACGACAACCAAAUCCUAAAUUCAACGAAAUGCCAGCAGAAUUUGGUCAACAGCAAGAUAAACAUGAGCACAUGGCACAACAGCAAGAUUCAAGACCUAGUAAUAUUGAAGAAGUACAACGACACCGAAGUUCAAGCCCUAUCAAUGUAACGCCACGUCCAGAUGGAAAACAGCUACUAGAUACCCCAGAGCACGCAGUACAAGAAGUGUUUAACAUCUCGCAAGAACAAGCACCGUCAAAGACUUCGCUAAUACCAUGGAAGCAAAAAGAUAAAAUUAUCAAAACGAAUUCGACAAAAGGUCAAA